AUGAGCAGGAUAGUCGUACUUGUUUUUGUCUGGGGGGAAGGGGAAGGGGAAGGGGAGGGGGAGGGGGAGGAGGACAGGGGCGGAACCGGUGGAACUGAGCAGCGGAAGAGAGAGAGGGAAGUCGGAGGAAGGAGGAAGCAGGAGAGUGUAUGGGCGUUCCCGACGAUUGCCAAGACCAGAGCAAAACCACCAGACGAAACCCAGAAAAGUUGGGAGGACGCCUGCUUUUAUACUACGGGCCAUUUCCAUGACGCUGCGGGCUUAUCCCCACGCACCCGGGCCCGCCUUCUGUGGACGGGUCACCGCCACCCCACUACAAUGGUGCGGCCAACCAGCAGAAACCAAGGAGGAAGGACGACUUUCCCUAGCGCCGUCCUUCGCCUAACUUCGGGAGUUUUGGGCGACCGCCCCCGGGGUUGCCCGAUGAUUGGUCUCUGUCUCACCCCCGGGGGGCUUGCUGGAACCAACCCACACCCACUUUCCCAGGCGGCGAUGCGCUCUUUUGACUCUGGCCCAUCCCUGGUACGCCUCCACGUGGAUCUGGCCAAUCAGCGCGGCGCGGUGGGCAGAAGGGUUGGGACCCAAGAAACCUUGGGUCAGGGUUAUAGGAACCAAUUCCAAACCUCCCAACCGCUCCUCCGUUGCCGAUCAGCCUGUAACAGCCCUAACCCAAGUCGGGCCAAUAGCCUCGCGUAUCCAACCACUUCUGCUACCCCUGAAUACGCUUUGGUGGAUGCGCCGUUUUGGGGUUGUUCCAUGGUUGUUCCUGCCUCUCUGACUUCCGCAUCAGAGUCCAAAACCUGCGAUGAUUCAAAGGACCCAGGCCCUGGCUCAGCCUGCCUGCAUUGCGUGACUGACUGCCUUGGCUCUUUUGACCCUCUCUCGUGCGCUGCCGGCGACUGCCCGCGCAAAACCUUACGGCAAAACUUGCUGUUGCCCGCGGAGCAACAGGGCGAAAUGGAGGGAAAUGGAGGGAAAUGGAGGAGGGGGUUUGAACUCUCUCCCCACAACCUUCGGUACCAAUCAUCAGCAUCACUCUGUUGA